AAAAAACCUCUGCAAGCUUAGAGCAAAACAGAGACCACAAAACAGAGAGACUCUGCCUUCUGUCUCCCGCAUACAUACACUACACACGAUCUCUGCGGAAACAGAGACGUUUGAGCAGGAGUAGGCUGAUCAUUCCCAUCUCCUUAAGCAGAUCUUUAUGCAGUACGAAUGGAGGAACAGUUUAUACUAAGAGUUACACCUUCCAUUGCGGAGAAGUUGGAUCGACUUUUGAGUGAAACUGCUUCUUCUUCUGAAGAACAAUCAUUGGAUUUGUCUUUUUCUGAGGAUGGAAGGGGUGGCACAUUUGUCAUUGGAAACGAACGUUUCCCUGCAUCUCUCUUGGAUCUUCCUUGUGUUGUAGAGUCCUACAAAACAUAUGACGAUUGUGCGCUAGUUAAAACUGCAGACAUUGGUCAAAUGAUUAUGGUUAGAGAAGCAGGUGAUACUGCUCCAGAUGUGGUGGAGUACAGACAUGGGCUCACUCCUCCUAUGAGGGAUGCUCGAAAGAGAAGAUUUCGUAGGGAGCCAUACCUCAGUCCUGAGCUUGUACAGCGUGUUGAGAAAGAUCUUCUGAACAUCAUGGCUGGGGGCACAGUCGAAAAUGCUGAAGCUGAAGCUAAUGAGCAAGAGGAAGACGGUGAACAGAAUGCUCGUAAAGCGAAUGAGAAACCUGAGCCUGCUCCUGAAGCAAAGCCUGAUGUACCAGAAACAACAACUAAUGCAGAAGAACCUGAGAGAAGUGAUUCAGAUGAGUCCGACGAUUCGAUGUAAUGGUAUAUCUUAUAAUUUGCCUCCUAUGUCGAGAGAUGGUGAAUGUGAUUAAUCCAGCCUGUAUUUUAAUGCUAUGUGUGUUUAUGGCACGCAAUGACUUGCUUAGCCACUUUGACUUUUUUUCACUUGUAAAUUGCAUGUACUUUUUGUAGUUUCUAUUGUUUUUAGUAAAAGACUGAAUGAGUACUACUACAUGAUAUUAUCAGUAUUAAAUCC